ACCUUCUCUCUCUCUCUCUCUCUCUCUCUCUAUAUAUAUAUAUAUAUAUAUGCAAACAUGUAUGUAUGUGAAUUCUCUCUCUAAAGAACACAUAAACAUCUAACCAGUUCUUCGUUCCAUGCUGAGAGCCAUUUUUUCAUGCAGACAUGAUACCAGGUGAAUUGCCAAAACUACCCCUCAUCGUCAAGCCCUUCAUCCUUUCUCUCUUCUUCUCUCUAUCUUUCUUAGCCUUUAUCUAUCUACAAACCCCACGUCAUACCUUGAAAAAAGACCCGACAAACUCCUCCCCGGACCUCAAGAUCCGACCAGGAUACUCCUCCUACGAUGUCUACAUCGAACGCCAGCUCAACAAGACCCUUAACCCGAAACUCCGACAAAUAUGGACUACCCGGGAUUGGGACCGGAAAGUUGAAGUUUUCUCCGGGUUUUUCGACAGUUUAAAGCAGAGAAAACUACUGUUUAACGGGUCAAAAGCGCUUUGUGUUGGAGCCCGGGUCGGGCAAGAGGUGGCUGCAUUAAAACGGGUCGGUGUAAAUGACUCUGUGGGUAUAGAUCUAGUGCCUUACCCUCCAUUGGUGUUGAAGGGUGACUUUCAUCAUCAGCCGUUUGAUGACGAGACUUUUGAUUUCGAAUUCUCCAACGUUUUUGAUCAUGCACUUUAUCCUGAGAAAUUUGUCGGAGAGAUCGAACGGACGUUGAAGCCCGGCGGGAUUUGUGUUUUACACGUAGCGUUAUCUCGAAGGGCAGAUAAAUAUUCGGCCAAUGACUUGUACAGUGUGAAACCAUUGAUAAAAUUGUUCAAACUAUCAGAAGUUGUUAAGGUUAGGAGUGUCGAUGGAUUUGGAUUGGACACUGAAAUUGUUUUUCGGAAACACAACUUAUAAUUCCAUGUAAGUUUUCAGUCUUAAGAUUUUUCUAUUUAUAUUUUUUCGAGAUUAAUUUAUUACAGAAGGAAAAAGGACGAGAAUUUUGUUUCAAUUAUAAAAUUGACGAUGGAAUGAUUUAAUGUUAC